CCUUACUUUCUACAAAUGCUGAGACGUCAAAAUGAGAAGAUAGAAAAAGGUGAGACGACGAUUACAGAAGCAGCGAACAUUGCAGUGAUUGAAGACGAAAUUCAAGGCAGUGCUUCACCAUUCUCUAGGAGUUGGGCAGAAUCUGAGUUCGUAUACCUCCCGCUUAAUAAUAGCAACCACUGGGUGUUACUUGUUUUGGAAGUUAAAAAAAGAAAGAUACGAGUUUACAACUCCAAAACCAGACGGGCUGAUAGUUUAAGAGACAUUAGACCGUUUGUAGAGAGCAUACAGUGGUUGCUGCCAAAAGUCAUGGACGUGCAUGGUGUUUAUGAUGAAAUUGGGUAUGAGCGUAUGGGUAACGAAGUGUUAGAGUUGGAGCCUGCCGAGGAUUGCCCACAGCAAGAAGACGGGGGAAACUGUGGCAUGUACGUAUUGAAGAUUGCCGAAUUUUUGAUGAUGGGGCUAGAUAUAAAAGAGAUCAAGUCAAAGGACAUUGCCAUGUAUAGGCAAAAGAUGGCCAUAGAGUUAGUGUUGUAUAACAACAAGAGGAUGGAGGAACGCAAAAAACAGAAGCAGGGACCGAGGAGUUGCAUUUGAAACUUGAAUGAAAU